AUGUCUGCUUCCUGUAUGGAUGCAUGGGUGCCCACUUUCAGCAGCUCUGCACGCCCCACCUGGGGGCCUCUGCUGGAGGUCUGCCUGGCCCCGGGCACGCGUGUGCGCGCGAGGAUUUCUUUUGCAGAGAGUGAAACCACCGUUACUUUCCGUCCGCGGUCUACCCCGGGGUCCCCAUCCCUCUGCCGGCGCCCGGCAGAGCCCCGGGACUCGGGAGUUUUUGCCGCCGCUGAGGACGCGGAGCGGACUGGUGGCCGCAUCGCCGAGGGAGGGCCCGGGCAGCCCUGCAGCGCGUCUUCGCGGAGCCCUGGGGGCCGCGCCCCUCCUCCAAACAUCAUUCAGAACCGCCCGUCAGCCUUGGCUCCAGCGCCUGGCGCGAGCGAACCGGGCUUGGCUGCCUCGGCCCCGUCUGAACCCUGCGGGCCGCGGGCCAGGGCGGGCCGGGAUCUGCCGCGCCAGGACCUUGCAGACCCGGCCGCGGCCCGGCCGAGUGCCUCCCGCCGGGGCCUCACGCCCACGGUCCACGCUUGCAACACCAGGGCUGCACGGCGGGGUCCGCAGCUGGGUCUGCGCCUGGGACUCGGGGCUCCCUGCGCUCCUCGUACCGCACCCCUUGCCUUAACACCAAGCGGAUGGGUCCUGGGGCUUCACCGGCCAGGCCGGAGCCCCAGACCCACAGCUCUCCCCCUCCCAUCGCACGGCCCCUCUGCACUGGGGCGGGAGUCGGGGACUGGAGCCAGAGAAAGGAGACGCACCGCGCCGGUCCUCAAGUCUCUUGAGCCAGUUCGGGUCCGGGCGCGCCCCACAGGGCUCCAGUCGUGGGAGGUUCCAGAUAUGUGCAACUGUGUGGCGCUGGGCUUCCAGCGGGUUCUUGGUGGGGCUCCCUCUCUGCCAUAUUCUGCUGAUGAAGAAAUGGGAUCUCAGCCAGGGAAAGUGACUUGCCAAGGUUACACCACUGGCCAGGUCCUGAAGUCCAGGCUGAAAGUAUGACCUUUCUUUCUCCCUACCUCCUCAGCCACGCUUCCCUAGGAGGGUCAGAGUGCAAGAGGUAAGGUCUGGGACUGGGGACCCCUGGGUCAGCCUUGCCCACCACUCCCACCUGGACCCUUCCCAUCCUCAUUUCUACCCUACACUGCUCAAUGUCCUUGAGGGACAAGGUGGUGUCACUGUUGUGGCAUUUCUCCUCCACUACCAGUUGCACAAGAGGAUUUUUCUCCUGUUCUCAGAGUGGGAAGAAGACCAAGAAGGUCUGUACAGUAACUUGAGACUCCUAGGGCCCAGUUUGGGCUCUUAGGAGGCCAGCAGUGCCUCAACUUUCUCAUCUGUGCUUAGAAUUCACUUUGCAGAGAAAAUGGGUGGACUCUUGGGGAGAGGAGGGCCUGAGUGUCAGAGAAAUUUGGGUGCCAGUCUUUUGUAAAAUGGAAUCUAUCGAUAAUGCCACCACCAGUCUUGCCUGACCCCACAAGAGUUGCAGUAAGAACUCAAAAUGGAUAAUGGCCACACAGUGCUCUGGGAAGUGCGAAGUGCCUCACGAACAUAAGGUGGUAUUCACAGAAGCCACUGCAGGCAACAGGAGUACAAAGAUGAAUGCCAUCUUGGAAUCUUUCAGGCUAGCAGGGGAAAUAUAAAUGGCUAUACAAAGAGUUAAAAUAUAAAACAGGGCAUGCAAAUGCUCCACCAAUAUGCCCACGUGGUGCCAACUCAUACUGAUCUUGUAAUAACAAAGAAUAUACACAAGUCUAUCUGGGUAACCUCUACUACUAUUGCAAGAACUCCUUCUCUUCACAAUAGCUCUAGCCAAUCUGGCUCCCCUAUCCAAUUAGCCUCCUUCUUACCACCUGCGUGAUCUAUGGCAGGAUUUUUUUUUUUCCUUUGGAGUGUGUUUGUAUUAGUUCCCUAUUGCUGCUGUGAUAGAUAACCACACACAUAGUGGCUUAAAACAACACGUUUGUUAUCUUACAGUUCUGUAUGUAAGAAGUCCAAAAUGUGUCUCACUGGGCAGGACUGUUCCUUCUGGAGGCACUGGGGAAGACUCUGUUUCCUUGACUUCUCCAGAUUUUUGAGACCACCUGCAUUCCUUGGUCUGUGGCCACUUCUCCGUCUUCAAAGCUAUCAGCGACCAGCUGAGUCUUUCUCACAUUGAAUCACUGCCACCUCUGCUUCUGUGGACAUGUCUCCUCUGCUUAACACAGUUUUCUCCCGAUCUCAAGACUCUUAAUAUAUCUUUAAAGUUCCUUUUGCUUUGUAAGGCAGCAGUUUCACAGGUUCCAGGGAUUAGGACCUGGACAUCUUUGAGGGGGAGGGAGCAUUUAUCAAAAAACAAAAACCCUAGGGCCUCAAACAAAACAUUUUUUAAAAGAGAAAUAUAAAAGUUUCAACUCUUCUUCUUCAAAGAAGUAACAUAGCAACUUUUUCUAUAAAUGUAACAAAUUCUGAAGAAAAAAAAAAAAAGAACUUUCAGUUCCUAACUACACCCAUAAAAAAUCAGACUCCCUGGUGUCAGGGAAGAAGAAACAAUAGGUGACACCAAAUAGACUCCACAUAAAAGGGUAGGGAAAGGCUCCCUAGGUUGGGAAGUUAUAAUAUGUGCUUCACUGGGAAUGUAGGUACAGCCCUUGGAAAUGAUUAGUUGUUAACAAUUGUCCACAGCUCUUCAGCUGCUUUACUUUAUAAUCCUUUGGUGCAGUAGACAUCGAAAACAUUUUUUUUUUUAAAGAAAUCAAUAAACUGUAUUUUUUAGAAAAAUUUUAGCUCACAGCAAUAUUGAGCAGAAAGUAGAGUUCCCUGUCCCUAUACCCUCCUCCCACUUAAACCAUUUUAAAAGCAUUAAUAGAAUUCUUGGCUCCUUAUUUUCCCCCCAAAAGAAAUUCCGACAUAAAAAAAUAAAAAUCGUGCUGCUCUGGUUCAAGUGAACUCAUGAAGUCCCUCAACCUCUGUAAAUCCUACUGCUUGGUUUAACACUGUGGAAUAAUGAGAAUAACUCAAGUUAGAAAGUACCCUCUGGACCACAGAAGUAGGGAGACUGUCAUGUUGAAAAUUAUUCUCCAGGCUUCAGAAGCAAGAAUUGUCAUAAUAUUCUCCCAAGAAUUGGAAAAGAGCAGGCUCUUGUUCUUACGUAGAAGCAUAGACCCUUCUAGGCCAUAAAUCUGCUUAUUUUAGUUACAAUAGUGAAAGGGCCAGUGGGCAGCACGGUGAAAAGUACAUGGGCCCAGAAAUUGGGGAGUCAGAUGGGGCAGCUCGGAUGUAGGGGACAUAUAAAUUAAGACCUAGUGCGGGCCUUUCGUAUUCUGGGUCAGAUAGGUGAGCUUCUGUGUGGGCUACCCUGGAAUACAGUGUUGCAUAGGGUUGUCUGAGAGGUGCAGGGAACGCCUAGAAAACUUUGCAGGGAGAAUGUUUUCUAAGCCAACACCUAGAAGACAAGCAAGAGUUUGCUGAGCAGAGAGUGAAGCUGGGCGCGGCUGGGAUCAUGGGGCGGGAUGUGCACAGCUGGGACAUGGGGAAGAGCUGCAGUGGAGAGUGGGGUAUGGUGGAGAGCAAUAAGGGCCAGACUACGCUGGCGGGCCUGGAGGCCUUGGGAGGGCGGACUUUCUCCAAGAGUGGGGGUGCCAGGACAGGGUCCCAAGCAGGGGCCCAACAUGGCCUGGUUUACUCUUCACUGGCAAGCUCCAUGGCCCUGGGUAAUGUGCUUCUCCUGUUUUUCUUCUCAUCGGUGCCUGGCUGAGCUCUCGAGUCGUUUCCUGCUCUGAGCCUGAAACUUCAAGCAGCAAGAGGACGGUCCACAGUCCCGUUACUGGGGCUCUGCAAACGCGACGUUCCCAAUGGCCCUCUCCCAGGUUCCGGGCCUCCGGGUAUUGGAACUUCUGUCUGUAAAGGAUGAAGCCGACCUUGCUCACACUGCAGCGGGAUGGAGAAACGUGACCCAGCGGAGGGGCUUUCGGCUGCGGAGUGCGAGAGAUGACCCGAAGGGUGAAGGCAGGGCGAGCGCGGUCAGCGCCCCCGACUGGGCGGCCUCCCCGCCGGCCGGUGAAUUCGUUCCCAGCUCCAGCCGCAUCUCACCCUCUAUCGCGCCUCUCGGGCCUCAGAGUGAGGCUGCACGGCCCGGAGGCCUGAAAUCCGCCCUUUGUUCCCUCCCGGGACCGCAGAGCCACAGCACACUGAAAGCCGCAGUCUAGGGAGCCGGAAGCACUGGCCCGGCGCAGGGCCAGCGACCGCCCCGGGUCUGCGCAGGCGCAGGUCGGGGAAGCCGCGCGCGGUCGGAUUUCUGCGGCCCGCGGCUGCCCUCUCGUGGCCGCGAGGCGCCAUGGCACGGCUGCUUCCACGCAGCGGAGGGGCGCUGGCCGGAGGCUGCGGGUCCAGACCGGCCAGCCGGGGAGGCCAGCCAAGCGCUGUGUUUUUCCAGGUCCGCGCGGGCCAGGGGAGCCCUGCGUGUUUGCUUGGUGGGAGUGGUUUACUGGGAAAGUAGACGGAAGGUACCCUGCAAAUCGGCAUGCACUGUAUUGUUUGGGAGUCAACAGCCUGGAAAGCAAAUAUCAGGUGAGGGCAGUGCUGGGAACCACCGCCUGCCCCCUCCCCUGGCCUUGGCCCUGACUUUGAACACGGCACCGCGAGCCAAACAGCUCCGCGGCUCAGGGGAGAGGGGGGAGGAGGAGGCAGGCAGCGGGGGAGGUGUCAAGACUCAGGAAUAGGAGCCAGCUAGGCCCAACCUACGCCUGCCACCCUAGGGGCUGCAAACAGGGAAUACACCCCUUCUGCCCACCUCAGGAAGACAUCGUACACCCGGACAAGUCACCAUUCCAGAUAGGCUAGUUUUCUGCAAGGGUGGGGGCGUGAGAGUGGAGGGGUUGCUCGGGGCCCACCCAGGCAUAACUAUCUGAAGGGCACACCCCACAACGGAAGGGUUAGGUGAGAGGGGUGAACCCACUCUCUGGCAGGAGAAUCAUGUGUCCUGUUCCACGCACGGAGCCACACUACAUAGCGUUCUCUUUAAAUUCAUCUUCACUAGCUGGGUGUGCCUGAGUCUUCUCCUAUCUCCUGAUUCUGAGUUAACUUUUUGCGUCCCACCCUGUUCUUGUCUCAAGCAGCCGCUUUGGAAUGUGUUUCCUCUUGUCCGGGGUUUGAAGAUUAGUCAUAAAAAACAUCACUCUGCCCUUGCUGAAGUGCUUGCUGGCUACUCGAUCAUUCCACUUCUAUGUCCCAAGAAGGUCUGCUAAGGAGGUGGCUUCUUCAGGGCUUCCGUCUUUUCCAUGCACUCUCAGCUCCAGACUCCAUCUCAUCCGUGGAUAUUACCCUGUGCCCCGCGGGGAGGAGGGCGGGGGAGGGUUUCUGGGCCUGGAUUAUUGGUGGGAGGAGAGCAAGUGCAGAAACGAAGCUAUGAAUUUCGCAGAAGUCAUGCAUUCCUUUCAAGGAUAUUCCUGUCUGUGCCUCCACACAUUCCCUCUGGUUGCAGGCCCCUGAGAUUUUUCCGUGUGACCCGGUCACAUUGCAUCUGUAUAGAUUAUCAAAGCACCUCAUGACUGUGGAGGAGGAAGUUGGGGACAGAACAUGGAUCUGGAAGGCUCACAGCAUGGACUUGGUAGGGUGACACAAUGUCCCAUGUUCUUCAAGAAAUGUCUAGACUAGGUGAUUGAUUCUAUCGGAGAUCUGGCACAAUGCUCUUGCCACACAGAGGGGCAAAUUGAGAUCCAGAGAGAAGUGACUGGCCCAGGUCACUCAGCCAGCUGGUGACUGAGCUGGAAUUCGUUCCCAGGUCUCCUGACACCCAGUUCAUUCAUUUUUUGCACGUGUUUUCUGAGGACUUACUGUAUGCUAGGCACUGUUGUAGGUGCUAGGAAUAUACAAAGUGCCUGUAUGGAGCCUGUGUCUUGUAAUGUGUAUGUGGGGAGAUUGUGGAUAAACAAAUAAACAGAUUUAUCCAGAA